UAGAAACUGUUUAUAAAUAACAAGGCAUCACAACCAGAUUAGGUGCCUAACUGGGAAAAUAUAAAUUGACACAUUUUUCCAGGAACCAAUGACGAUGUGGUAUACCACAUAGGUAUUUAGACCUGAUUUUGCCUGACAUAACCAAUUUUUUAUUUUUUUAUCAAAACAAAAUGUUUUCUUAAUGAAAAUGCUUAAAAGCUCAGUGGUUAAAGCAGUUGCCCGGAUUGCAAAAGGUGAUGGGUUCGAGUCCCAUCUCGGAGUGCCACGGACAAAGUGGAUUUUUUAAGCAUUUUUCAUUAAGAAUAGUAUAGCAUUGCGAAUGCAAAUUGAUAAAAUAUAAUAAUAAAAUGUUUGUUUAUCUCUACUGUUUUUGGUUUUGGAUGAAUAAAGAGUUGGAAUAUACGUAAUGGGGCACCGAAAAAACUUAGCAAUUUUUCGAUCAAAUUUCUAACCUAACCUAACCAAAUCUUUAAUACAGUAAUAUAGUAAAAUCAAAAAAUAUACAAUUUACGGAAAAAGUUACAUAAACUCCAACAGAAUAUUAUUAUUUCAGUUUCAAUGCUGCGGCCCUCGAGGUGCCAUGUCGUACAAAAUAGCGAAUCUCGAUAUCCCGCCCAAUUGCUGUCCAAUUAUCGAGCUGCCGUCUAUUAGAAAUCUGCAGGACAUCCUCAUCGUCCGAGAUUUAAUCGCCAAUUACAAUGGCACUCCAUGCACUCGGAUAGAAGCCUUUGAAGGUUGUACAACUGCGGCGCUAAACUCGGUGUACUUGUAUUAUUCCAUUAUAAGUACUAGCACCUUGGUCCUUGUAGUUAUGGAGUUAAUUGCCAUGGUUUCAGCCUUUUACCUGUCGCAGCACUACGCAAAUCAAAAGAAAAAUAUUAAAGGAAGAAGUACUACCAACAGGAUUAACUAACAAUAAUUAACCCACCCCCAAUGAUGUAUAAAAUAG